GUGCAUUUUUCACAGCACCAAUUAUGCCUACCCCAAUACAUGAGAAACUGUAUGAAGCCUUUAAUGUUUCAUUCUCUGUUCACAUACUGUAGCUCGAUAAACACCUUGACUACCAUAGUGCAGUCCUCCAGGACUUAUCCAUCAUGCAUCCUCCCUUAGGUGCUUGCAGAGCACUGUAACCAAGCAACAGAUGUAACCCGAGCUUCAUACCUGAGUAAACAAGCGGCAUAGUUACUGAGCCUCCCUUUGUCUGGGUCUCUUUAUUCAACAACUUAAUACACAAACUGUAUUUUUUUUUAAAAACUCCAGCACAGAAGCUUCACACAGGAUUUCUCACAGAUUUUUGGUGAAGAGAAGAAGAAAUGCCAGCUCAUAUUAUGCUCUCGUACCAGUGGGAUGACCAGGCUCUUGUGAAAAAGAUAUACGACCGCCUCAAAGAUGAUGGCCUACCAGUGUGGAUGGAUAUCGAAGGAGGGGUGGCAGGGAACAUAAACGACUCGAUGGCUGCAGGUGUGGAGGACGCUGUGGUGAUUUGUCCCUUCAUGACUCCGGCGUACCAGGCGUCCCGCAACUGUAAGAAAGAGCUCAACUAUGCAGACACCAGGGAGGUCAUCAUGGUGCCGGUCAUGUUGGCCAACAACUGGGAGGCCAGUGAGUGGCUGGGACUGAUCACUGCAGGGCUGCUGUGGGUGGACUUCAGAAAUGCAGGAAAUGAUGAGGAGCACUUUGAGCUGUGUAUCAGGUCUCUGGAGGAGGAGAUCAUGUUUAACGCUGGUCACCUCCUGACUGUUGAAGAACCUCCAAGUGAUGUGGUGGAUCAGCCAGAAGCAUCAAAACCCUGUCUGAAGAAGAAACCGGGCCGAGGGUUUUGUCAUGCUCUCUCAAAGCUCUACAUCCAUGAGUCAGGCGAGGAGCUAACCAACCUGACCGACAGCAGAAACACAGUGGCGCUCAGUGAGACAUCUGGAGAUUAUUGUUACUGGGAGGAGAUAAAGGGUAACGGCUGUAAAUACUACAGGAAUGUUGUCACCCACAGAUAUCUCGGUAAGUAGACCAAACAGAGAAACAGCAAAUAUGUGAAAAAUGUGGCCUUUAUUAAAUGGAGCAAAAUAAACUUCACAUUGCAAGCCAGAAAAAAAAAAGCGCAAUGUUUGUUUCCAUGUCUGUACAACCAGCUAUUCUGUUGAAUCAAUACAAAACUUUUUUUUUUCCAAAUAAUUUUUCAUCACAUCGUCUGUGUCUCUGCAGGUUUUGAUGCCAGCUGGAACCAGGUCCACUCUGAGGCCAGCCCGUCUGUGUGUGAAGAGUGGCUGCUGUUGGUGGACCAGUCGGACCGAAGCCAUCAGAGAGCCGUCGUCAUUAAGAACAAACACUCGGGGAGCUACCUGGCAGUCCAAAGUGGCCGCUUGAUCGGACUAACGUCAUACAAUGAAGACUGCAAAUGGUUCUUAGAAUAAACUGAACUUUAAAUCAGGAUGUGGUCACUUCUCUCAAAGACACAUUAGUUAUUAAAGAAGUAGUAGUAGAAAGCAAAACUUGAUGGGUGUAUCUACAACAGGAGGUUUGGUAGAAAUAAAACUGUUACUGUGACAAGAGCAACAAAUAAAAAAAAAAUUAA